CUGGUUGUCCCAAUCUCGACUCCACCGGCCAGAGAGAAAAAAAAAAGAGCCUGCCAACCAAGGAGCCGCCUGCGAGCCCUUCCUCGUGUCCAGUCGCGCCCGUCCCUUGCCGUCCACCACCUGCCGUCCAGCCGUCCAGCCCGCCCAGGUCCUGCCAGCCAGUCAGCCAGCCAGUGGCAGCCAGUGCCUGGUUUCCCUGUGGGGCCGACCUCAUCUUGCCCAGGUUGCCAGGCCAGGGCCUGCCUGGUCUCCCGCCUGGUCGACAAAGGCCGACGGGCCUGGUUGGUCGUCGACAUCGCCGUCUGACCCGCAGCCAGAUCGAGGUCAGACCCUGGCCGCCCACCCACACCUGAUGAUGGGCGGGAGGAGAGGAGAGAGAGGGCUGAGAGGGCGAGAGAGGAGCGACGAGAGCUCGAGCCAGCACAUCCAGGAGGUGUCCAGGCAGGCCAGAUGGUCCCAUCUCGCCAAUGAGCGCUCAAUUUCGACGUCCAAGGGGCCUCCGCCGGCACCAGCCAAGGCCCGUCUCGACGCUAUGCUCCUCCUUGGACCUUGCCUUUUUCCUUCAACUCCUCCGUGCCCUCACCCCGUCUUCUCUAACCACUAACUGCUGAUCCAUCGUGGUCUUUUCGCUCUUUCCUGUCCGUGAUCCAGCCCAAUCGGCACCCCUCGUCCCAUCCAGUUCUUGAUAUUCACUUGGGAGUUCGGAGACUUGUCAGACGAUUCCUUGGCUUCACCGUCUCGACGCCGUCGCCAGGAACAGUCACCACACCUCCUUACCCCGUACGCUCGUUUCACAUACCCGCCCGCCUCUCGCUCUGCUCAACCCAUCUUCUCCCUCACCACCAAUCCCCUCCCGCCUUGACGCUAGCCUAUGCCUCUUCCUGCUCUUUGCCUCUACCCCAUCUGGUGAGAAACACUUAGACACGGAGAGAGACGCACACGAGACGAGACGACCGGGAGCCUAUACUCUGGCCUCGUCGCCACAGACCUCCAGCAACACAUAACACAACCAGCCCUCCUUCGUCAUCACACGAAAGGGCCCCAACACCCUCUUUCUCCUUCUGCUCCAGGUUGACCCUCGGCCUUUCUCCUGCGAAAAGGACCCUGCUUUGUGGUGCCAUUGUCUCUUUGUUACUCCCUUUGCUGUUCCUUCUCGCCGACCGGUAUCGAGUACUCUUCCAGUCGUCCCUGCCAGCCAGCUUAAGACGAACUUAUCCACCUUUAAUCUAAGCUCAACCUCGGACAUUGUCAUCGACGAAUUUCCUACACAUCGAUACGCCAUCUAGAUCUGAUACCAUAUAGAGAAGGGAACGAAUCAUUUUUUUUCGAAAGGGCACAGAACAAGGUCAAUUGGGAAGAGACCCAACCAAACAGUCUGAGAAAUUUGGAGGACGCACGACGCGAGAACAAGCACGAAACCUUUUCCACUCCGAGAAGGGUACACCCACCCGGGAAAAUCAUCCAACAAGGGGAAUCGACACAGUCUAGCCUUCCGACAUGGCAAGGUCACUAUUAUGGGCCGCGGCACUGGCCGCCACGGCAAUGACGAGAGGGGCUCUGGCAGCAGAUGUGCUCAGGACCUCGGGUUUCACCAACUGCCAACAAGACUCUGCGAUCCAGGUAAAGAAGGUCGAUAUCGAGUACAACAAGGCCGCCGGAACUGUCACAUUCGACGUCGCGGGCUCCAGCAGCAAGGAACAGAAGGUCAUGGCCAAGCUUAACGUCACAGCCUAUGGCAUCGACGUCUACUCGAACCAGUUCAACCCAUGCGACAAUUCGACUUUUGUGGAACAGCUCUGCCCUGUUCCAACGGGCACUUUUGCUGCGUCAGGAACACAGGAAAUCUCCUCCCAGUACGCCAGCCAAAUCCCAGCCAUUGCCUUCCAGGUUCCCGAUAUUGCGGCCGUCGCCACGCUCGAACUCAUCGCCAUCGACUCGAACGAGGACGUCGCCUGUAUCACCUCCGAAAUCUCGAACGGCAAGACUACCGAUGUCCCGGCCGUCACAUACGUCGCGGCCGCCGUCGCAGGUGUUGCUUUGUUGAUGGGAGGAGUCACAGCUGCCAGUUCGGCAAUUGCUGGUGGUGCUGGAGCCGGCAGCGUGGCGCCGAGCCCAAGUUUUGUUGAGGUAUUCGGCUGGUUCCAAGGCAUGGCCAUGAACGGCAUGUCAGCUGUGUCACUGCCCCAGGUCUACCGAAGCUACUCAAAGAACUUUGCCUUCUCAGUCGGCCUCAUCCCGUGGACCAACUUGCAGCUGGCAAUCGAAGACUUCCGGGUUGCCACCGGUGGAAAUCUGACAGAGGAUAGCGUGCAGUACCUGCAGAACGCUACGCUUGUGUUCAAGGACGGCUCAACCGAAUCCCUCGCCGACAGGAAGUUCAAGCGCGCCAUGGACGUCGUCGCCCGGCUCGCGGCCCGUGAAAUCAACACCAGCAUUAACGAGACUGACACCGGCUCCGACGACAGCGGCAUCGAGACCCAGGUGCGAGUGGCCGUGAGCGGCAUCAAGGCCUACGUUGAGGAACUGAGCAUUCCCUCUUCCAGCACAUUCAUGACUGUCCUCCUGAUCGUUGCCAUUGUCAUUGCCUCUAUCGCCGUCAUCAUUCUUCUCGUCAAGGUUAUCCUGGAGACUUGGGCCCUGUUCGGCAGCUUCCCCAAGAGCUUGACCGGUUUCCGAAAGCACUACUGGCUGACCAUGGGCCGAACAAUCACCCAGCUUAUCCUCCUGUUGUACGGUACUUGGGUCCUGUACUGUAUCUUCCAGUUCACUACUGGCGAUUCGUGGGCCGCCACCGCCUUGGCGGCUGUCACACUCGCUCUCUUCACUGGUAUCCUGGCCUUCUUCGCGUACAAGAUUUUCACCACGGCGAAGAAGCUCAAGGAGACGGACGGUGACGCCAGCCAGUUGUAUGAGAACAAGAACAUCUGGAUCAAGUAUAGUCUGUUCUACGAGAACUACAAGAAGGACUACUGGUGGAUCUUUGUCCCCACCAUCCUCUACAUGUUGGCGAAGGGAAUCAUCUUGGCCGCUGGCGAUAACCACGGAAUGGCCCAAAGCAUUGCCCAGCUUAUCGUUGAGGCCCUGAUGCUUUGCGUUCUUCUCUGGAACCGACCCUACGAGCGCAAGUCCGGCAACGUUAUCAACAUCACAAUCGCCGUGGUCCGCGUCCUCUCCGUUGCCUGCAUCCUGAUCUUCGUUGACGAGUUUGCUGUCUCCGAGACAACGUCUACUGUGACUGGCGUGGUCCUCAUCGCUAUCCAGGCCGCUCUGACCGGUGUCCUGGCUAUCCUGAUCGCAUGGAACGCUAUCAUUGCCAUCUGCAAGGAGAACCCUCACCGCAAGCGCAGAAAGGAGAUGGAGAAAAUGCGCGACCUCGACAACCUCACUCCUCUCGACGCCCGCAACUCCCUCUUGCUGGACCGCAAGGUGUCUCACCCCGACUCGGACAACUUUUCCUUGGCCAAGACAAAGUUCGACGCCAAGGAGAACUACAGGCCAUUGAGCCCGUCGGGCGAAGACCAGAGCCACGCCAACUUGGUCUCGCAUGCCGCACCACCAGGCGGCUACGAAGACCACUCCACAGCACCCGCACCAUAUGCCGACAACUCAUAUGGCCAUGGUCCUUACGGCCAACCAGCCGGCUAUAGCCAACAAACAGGCUACGGCGGUGGUUACAACAAUGGGUACAACCGGGGUUACUAAAUAUAGUACACACUGGCUUCCCCCCUUCGACAAAGAGUCGGCGGAAAUACUUUAUUGAUUAAAAAGCCUGGCGUCAUGAUCAGCACCGGCACGCGGAUCCCAAGAGAUCCCGGGCAAGCAAUGUGUUCUCUUUGUCAUUUAACAACUUUUUCGCCAAACACCACCUUCUACCACCACGAUUGCGAUGAUUCUUUUUCCUUUGAGACUCGUGGCAAAAUCCAUCCGCUACAUCCUUCUUCUACUUUUGAAACCAGAUACCACGGAAACAAGAUGUGCGGGGUGGGUCGGCCAGAGAAAGCCGGUGUAAGGAUACAUACGGGGGAGAGAUCUGAAGCGGAAGCGAGAAACAGAUCAAAAUACAUGUACCAUUUCCUCUACGGGAAAGCGAGCUUUUCGUAGUAUAUAACUGCACAUAAUCUGGGGCUAGCAUUCAAUACAUUCUACCUAC